AUGGCUACACAAGACAAAAGUUUGCGAGAAACUUCGGUGAAUUUCAUGUCAUAUUAUUAUACCGCCCUGGCGAUAAGUAUUCCGGAGUCGUUCGAUUGGGGAGCACGUCCAGUCGUCUCAAGAUCAGAGGACUGGGCCGUCGAUGCAUGGAGCAACAUGGACAAUAGCGACGGCACAAAUUCCAGCCUCACGGCACUUCCAGAUCAAAACAGCGCUGGAACAGAGGAAUGGGGUUAUGCCUCUUCCCAAGCGCCUCCAUCUAUGCCAGAUACGACAUUUACUACCAUCGGAGAUAUCACUUUUCCGUCUACGCCAGACACAGCUCAUCCGGAAACCGAGAACUGCUUCACAUUCCUACCAUCCAUAUCGGUUCAAGGCAGCCCGAGCGAAAAGUGUGACUGCGGGACGACGACCGCAGCGUUGACAACCCAGGGAUCCAGCACUGGCUGCGCGCUCAGCAAUACCAUCUUCGCGAUAAACCAGUUUCCAGUCAACACAGGGAUCGUCACCUCAUCUGCUACCCCGGCUCCCGUGGUGACACCGUCACAGCCAACUCCGACACGAGCGUUUGAGAUUAUGUUCAAACACGGUUUAGUCGACGGGAUACAGCUCGACGCUUGGACAGUCUACUCGCACGCCAUCGGUCAAGCCACCAAGAUAGAUGCCUGCAAUGGAGGAUUUUGGGAGGAUUCUGCCGGCGACACCGUCAGCUUCCCGAGCAGCCUAGGCGUUUUCACCGAUGCUCCAUACAGCGGAUGCAGGUACGAAGGUCCCACGACCGCUCCUGGUAGCGUCUCCUGUCCGGAUAUGGCCUCAUGGACCACAUGCAGCGCAGCGACUUCGUCGACGCAGGCUUGUGACAACGGCGCCGGGGAAGACACGUUUAUCGCGCAGGCGGAAUGUGAGUUCUGA